UCAAAUAAAAAAAAGGGUAAGGGUAAUUAAUUGCAUGAUAUAUAGUCGGUCCAACCCUGAUUAAUAUGCAUGCAAGAACAAGAAGAAAUUGCAUUAUUUUCUUGCCUAAUCUGCUAGUCUCUUCUCAUUCUCUUGGAACCAUGUGUAUUGGCGCAUUUAUUUGGCAAGCUCAUCCACUCUAUCCUCUUCUUCUGAUACAAAACAGAGAUGAAUACCGCAACAGGCCGACAAAGGCAUUGGCAUGGUGGGACGUCGAUGGUGUGGAGAUACUGGGAGGAAGAGAUGAAGUUGGAGGAGGGACAUGGCUGGCAUGCACAAGGCAAGGCAGAGUAGCAUUUCUCACCAAUGUGUUGGAGCUUCAUCCCCAUCCCGACGCCAAGACCCGAGGCGAUCUCCCUCUACUUUUCUUGGAGAGCACGAAGAGCCCCAUGGAAUUUGCCCACGAACUGGCAGCCGAUGCCCAUCGAUACAAUGGGUUUAACCUCAUAGUGGCUGAUAUUCCUUCCAAAUCAAUGGUUUAUAUCUCCAACAGGCCAAUGGGGGAGCCUGUUUCCAUCCAACAGGUUUCUCCAGGCCUUCACGUGCUCUCAAAUGCCAAGCUUGACUCACCCUGGCCUAAGGCUCAGCGGCUAGGUAAAGGCUUCAAACAAAUGCUGAACCAAUAUGGUAAAACCCAAGUAAUGGUGAAGGAAAUGGUCGAGAAACUUAUGAAGGACAAAGUGAAAGCUGAUAAAAGCAAAUUACCCGGCAUUUGUGAUCUCGACUGGGAGUUCAGCCUUAGCUCCGUCUUCGUUGAAGUGGACACCCCACUGGGCAUGUACGGUACAAGGAGUACGGCGGCAUUGGCGAUACGUGCCGGUGGGCAGGUUAGCUUCUACGAGAACUGUCUUGAAGAGGGUGUGUGGUUUGAGAGAACCAUUAAUUAUACCAUCAAUUAGAUUGAAUGCAUGUGGGUCGAAGCAAGGAAUUUGGGUGCUCAAACUUGUUUAUUUACCUCUGUAU